GAGUCUGCCUAUAUCAACGGAAUCCCCGUUCCAUUUCUUUUCUUUCUUUUCAACCCAAGUCUCCCCCAAACCCACUCCUUUCCUUGCAUUCCCCACCGCCGGCUACGAUGGCGACCAUCCUCCGGCGAUCCGCCGGCCCCGCGCGGCAGUUCCUCCUCCCCCGCCUGCUCGGCCCCGCUCGCUCCAUGUCCCGCUACUACGCCCGCGACGAGGUCUCACGGUUCGACGCGCUGACCACGCCGGUGAACUGGGGCGUGAGCAUCGUGCCGGAGAAGAAGGCCUUCGUGAUCGAGCGCUUCGGCAAGUACCAAAGGACGCUCGGCUCCGGGAUCCAUGCGCUCGUCCCCGUUGUCGACCGCAUCGCCUACGUGCACUCGCUCAAGGAGGAGGCCAUCCCCAUCCCCGACCAGUCCGCCAUCACCAAGGACAACGUCUCCAUCCAGAUCGACGGCGUCCUCUACGUCAAGAUUGUUGAUCCCUACCUUGCUUCCUACGGUGUGGAGAAUCCAAUUUUUGCAGUCAUUCAACUUGCUCAAACAACCAUGAGAAGUGAGCUUGGAAAGAUAACCUUAGACAAGACUUUUGAGGAGAGGGACACACUAAAUGAGAAGAUUGUGAGGUCUAUAAACGAGGCUGCAGUUGAUUGGGGCCUGAAGUGCCUCCGUUAUGAGAUCCGGGAUAUUUCUCCUCCGAAGGGUGUGAAGGUGGCUAUGGAGAUGCAAGCUGAGGCAGAAAGGAAAAAGCGUGCCCAAAUCCUUGAGUCAGAAGGUGCUAUGUUGGAUCAGGCAAACCGUGCUAAGGGUGAGGCUGAAGCGAUUCUCGCUAGGUCACAAGCGACCGCUGAAGGUAUCAGAAUGGUCUCCGAGUCAAUGAAGGGUGAAGGAAGUGCUGAGGCUGCGAACCUGAGGGUUGCUGAGCAAUACAUUAAAGCAUUUGCUGGUCUGGCCAAGACGACCAACACAAUUCUUCUUCCAAGUGACGCUGGCAACCCAUCAUCUAUGAUCGCCCAGUCAUUGCAGAUUUACAAGCACAUUUGCCAGUCCAACAAGACCAAAGGAGUGAGCCUCGAAGCAGAAGAAGCUGAGGAAGAAGAUGAUAUGUCUGGCAGUGGGAUUCCUUCUAUUGGCAGCACAUUCUCGCUGCAGAGUCGCAAGGACUGAUGAGCUCUGUUGAAGUACUAAGGGAACCCUUUUUUGUCCAUUGUUUUCCUUUUGCAAAUGUUAAGAUCCUAGAUAGGAGGAUGUCACUGGAAACACUAGCAGCAUUAGAGGUUUCAAACUUCGGCAGUUGAGAUUUGGUAGACGUUGAGUUGGUUUAGGCUCCUAUGAUAAUUGACAAGACAUUGGUUUUGUGUGUGCCAAAUGGGUGCAGGCUGGCAACCAAAACGGUUAUCUGUGACAUUGUUUUGCUCUUUCAGGAGCAUAGCUUUUCUGUAAAUGAAAGAUUAUCACUGGAGGAAUCAGCAGCACACGAUUUGAUACCAAAGUUCAACUGCAGCUUCUGAUUCAUA